CAAAUUUUGAUUCAGUGAGAAGGUACGGCUUCAGUUAUCGUUCGUAGUGAUGCCUGAUGGUUUAAUCUAGAAUUACAUGAUGCGAUGACAACAACUAAGCAGAAUCACAGAAUACCAACAGCAUGGAAAGGAAGCACCCCAACUGGAGGUGGGGGAGGAGGGGGAGGGUUAAUGAAGACAAGCUUCACAGGAAAGUCCAGCUCUGGCGUGAGCUCAGCCUCCUCCUACAGUAGCGAGUGCGACAGCAGGAUGUUUGGUUCAGGCAUCCCCUCGCUGUGUCGGAGUGGCACGUCGUCGCGGGCGUCGUCGCGGUCAACGAGUCCCAGCGGAUGUUCGAACUACAGCAGCAGCAGUUCGUCGAUCCCCCGCAUCACCCGCAGACACUCGCUCACUGAGAAGAACCUGCACAGAGUGGUGCAGUCGUCGGCAGCGACCGCUUCUCCCCCGCGCUCCGCUGGCGCCCCUCAGCAGAACAAGACGGUCAUGGAGCGACUCAGACUGACCAAGGACAAGAGUAAGACACCCACGGCCAGUGGUCAGGGCAACAUGGCUGCUGCUGGUAGCCAUGGCAACUCGGCAACUGAGGGACGGCCCGGCGCAAAAGCUCCCCGGAAAACUCUCGUUUACAUAGAUAGCAGCAAGAUUAAACAUGGCUCCUCGCCGAAUCUAUCGCAGCGCCAGCUGCUGAGCACGGCCAACAACCGUGGCGUCACCGAGUGUCAGCUGGAGGAACAGAUGCGCGGCUCGCCCGGCGCCGGCCGCAGACAGCAGCCCGCGGGGAAGGACAGCGGUCACCCGGAUGACGCGAUGACCGCUCACGGCGACCACCCACACAGGGGUGCGGCCGCGCAGGUGAGGAAGGCGGCGCCCGACCCCGCGCACGGCAGGCUGUCGAAGAAGGAGCGCCGCAGCGAAGACGCACCGCGCCACGGCUCCCUACUCGACGUCAACGACCGCAAAGCUGGCCGCAAGAGCUCCCCGUGCGACAAGCGCGCCGCAGCGUCCGGCGGUCAGACGACGGGUCAAGCGGCGGCGGAUGCGGCCGCGCACCGGACGAAGGGCUCGAAGAUCGCCAGUCUCGUCGCGUCAAAGUCCUCGCCUCCGGUCGGCAAGACGUCGUCGAAGACGAAGCAGAAGGUCGACGCGGCGGACACAGCGGCGGCGAGGGAGGAGCGAGGGGGCGCCACCGUGUCGAGGAAGCCGUCGUUGAAGCCGAUGGCGGCUGUGAAGGGAACGUCGAAGGUUUCGCGCGAUGUUCAGAUGACGUCCAGCACUCAUAGAUCGGCGAGCAACCUCAGUGGCAAGGAGAGACCAGAGUCUUCUGUCAUGGAUGUUCGCCAGGGGGAGCAUGUUGUGGCUAAGCCGACGCCGCUGCCGUCCCACAGCAUUCAGCCUCUGUCGGGCACCAAGGCUGAGCAGCCCAGCUCGCCAGUGCACAUCGCCAAGGUGACUCCGAUGAGUCACAUGAGAGCGCCACCUGUGAGCAGCAGGGAGCAUGCGCACGAAGAGGUGGAGCAUGCUGUGAGGGCUGCAGAUGAUCAAACGAGUAGUCAGCAUCACAAUAAGACACGAGAGCAAAGUCAAAGGGAGAAGCCUAGUUCUAAAACUCCCCAUGAUGCCAAACGAACAGUGCCAAAACCAGCUAGUGAUCAAAAGCAGCAAGAACCUACUGAAGUGCCAUCUAGCGGCAGAAAUCAUCAACGAGCUGAUGCCAGUAUGAAACUGGAAACAACCUUUGACAGCUCAGAUCAGGUGAUUACGCAGACGGUGAGAGCAGCAGACAAACCCCAACUGGAGACGAACUUGAGUGAGGAGUCAGAGGACAUGAGUGUGAACAUCAAACCGAUGCAGCCGAUUGUGAGGUCGUCGCCGUACGCUUACAUGCGCAGCGUAGGGAGCCUCAACACCACCAAGUUCCCACUGUCCUCACUACGCUACCACACGGCCCAGGAUGCGUCUGCUAAGCCGCGGAUCACUGCCAGCCACCACAUCCUGUCAUCGAACGAAGUCGCGAAGGGUCAUGGCGUCCGGCAGACCGAAUCUAGUGGAAUGCUACUGACCGACGGUGAUUUCGGACCAGAUCUGGACGUGGUGGACAUCGCCGAGGGCUACAUGUCGGACGGUGGUGUUCUGCAGGGUCAAGGCAACAUUGACGAUACACUCAGUGGGUACGUGAGCGAGUCGGGCGCCGCGUACUACUCGAGGCGCUUCCAGUCGCGCUUCAAGGAGGGCAUGGCGGCCGUGCGCGAGUCAAUGCAGCACGACAGCGACCUAGGACUGGAGGAUGAUAGCUUUGAUGAUAGCAGCAGUGCUAGCAGUGACCUUGAUGACACUAUAGAGGACAUGAUGAUGAGCGCAGAUGAGCUUCAAUCUACCCCAAGGUCAUACCUGUCUAACAACUGUGGCAUGAAUAAGCUUGCAGGGCAGCUCCCUGUUCCUAGUAGAAAGUUGGCAGCACCUAGUGGUAAAGGAAAGGAACCUAGUCAAAACUCUGCUGCAUCGGGUGACCAGGUGAGGUCUCUGCAUAUGCAAAGGCUUCCAGUUGCAGACGCUAGGGGGAGCAGCGUGCCACAGUCGGCAGGAGGUGGUCAACCAGGGCAGGGAAGGAGGCUGCCUGCUCCGACACAGAAUGGAACACCAUCCAGACUAGGACCUCCACACAACAAGGGUGCACCUCCAGCUGUCCCCCCAAGAACAUGCAGUGAGCUAAAAUCCUCGCCAAAAUCCUCGCCUAAAAACAAGAAGAAGCCGCCCAAAGGAGAAGAAUCGAAGCUGAGGAGCCCACGAGAGGCAGCUGAGAGGGUGGGGCACAGUCCCAAAGGACCACACAAGGAGGAAGUAUCUCACCGAGAUUCACAGAAGACUCACUCUGAUGGUGGCGCCCCCAGACCAGCAGUCACAAGCGCAGUGACGGCAACCAUGCCCGGAAAUCCCCGUACGGGGCGAUCCAUGGGAUCGAGACUGCCUGGCACGACAACACAGCUGGCCAAUGGUCAUCGCCUUGUUGACACAACUGUUGUCGUCGGUCAGCGAAAAGGCUCUGCAAGCUCGGCCCGAUCUAUACCCGCCCACACAGCGGCCGGAGUACUGUCCAGUUCAUUCGAUGAGGCGACAGCGCCACGUUGUGGUGGCUACGAGAACUACAGCCGUGCUGGGCAGCUGAGUUCAGGGUACAUGAGUGGGUCAAGCACGCUGGACCGCAAGCACAGGAUGAUCCCGACGGUGGACACUAGUCAACACCCCAACAGGUCAGCCAGUCCAGCAUUACGCUCUGAUGGCAGGUAUGUUCCUGGAGCACCCAUCAUCCCAAAAACUGCUGUGGAGACUGUCAUCACAAAUCCAAUGGCCAGGUACAGAGGCACCUCUGCCCAAAAUAGUGGGCUUACCAUGGGCACAUUCAUCCCCGGAAAUCUGCGACCACCUAGCACGCCUGAUAGGGGGCGCUCAACAAGUCCGCACCAGUACCUGCGAUGCAGUCGCGCAUCCAGCGUGCCAACUCGUGGCGGAUUGGUCGAGGGCAAGUCGAUGGAGUCAGUGGCGCAACCUAGUGGUCAUGGCAGCAUCGAGGCAGCGAUUGAACAUGCUCGAAACCACAGUCUGAGCAAUGCUCGCAGGCUACUAAACCGCAGGGAGACCACCGACACAGGAGACAGUGCACGUGGCACAGCUAGCGAGAGAGCUUUUCCUGUGGGGCGUUCCACAGACAGGGAGGAAACGCACAGUGAGAGAGGCUACCCGUCCUCACCUGCUCAGAGCGCACACUGCAGGGUGACAGCACCACCUGCCAGUGGUAUGCUGACUGGAGGGCCCCACUGCACCCAGCCGAGUUCCACCUAUCAUGGGCACCCCCGUCUGUCCGCACCAAACUACAGUGGCUCUGGCGUUGGCAUUCCCACAAGUCAGCACCAGACAGCAGAGGGUCAGUACGGGUCAAACACAGGUCACUACGCGCCAGGCAUGGCAACUAGGUUAUCUGGUACCACUUCGGGAAGAGAUGGUGAUGCAUAUGUGCGAUUUCGUGCACCACAACGUAACAGUUACAGUUUUGAAGUCCCACGGUUUUCUCUGCGUCCGGGGGCCUUUGACCUGCAGGAUGAUGAAACUAACAUCUUUGGCGACCUACUAGAUCACGGAUCCUCCAUCUCACUUGUGUCGUCAUCCUCCUCUACCUUCUCCGCAGGCGACGAACAACCUCCAGGAGAGAUUCUAAAGCUGAGACAUGAGCUAUACACAGCAAACGACAAGGUUUCUUUGCUCACCCAUCAACUGCAAACACAGGGUCAUGUAGUGAUGGCGUUUGAACAGAGUCUCUCCAAGAUGACAUCACGACUGCAAGGCCUCAGUGUCAGUGCUGAAAAUAAGGAUAAAGAGUUGCAUGACAUGAGAGAUACAAUAGAGGACUUGAAGCAGUUCCAGGGUGUUAGUGAUGAGUCUCUCCUUUCCAGCCGCAGGAGGACCUCUUCCCAAUCAGAUGCGAUGAUCGGCGGUGGCUUCACGCGUCACUACUCUACAGGCAGCAUGACAAGCAUCAACAGUGCAGCAAGCGUCUCCAGCACCAUCAGCCAGGCGUCGGAAGCCGACGCCAAAGGCAAGCAGAAGAAGAAGAAGAAUUGGCUGCGGAGUUCUCUACACAAGAUUGCACGUGGCAAGAAAGGUCGCAGCAACUCGCCGCCCGAUGGCAACGCUGAUGUGCACAGUCUAAGCAGUCAGCACUCGGUGACAGGCAUGGUGGUGGGGGGAGACCGAUCAUCUAGACUGUCACAGUCAAGCUCAACUCUAUUUGAUCCCGAUGAUCCCGAGGAGGUGAAGGACCUAAAGAAGCAGCUGAGAGACAAAGAGAUGAAGCUGACAGACAUCAGACUGGAGGCCUUGACCUCCGCUCACCAGUUGGACCAGCUGCGCGAACAAGUCGGCAAGAUGAGGGACGAGAUGAGACAUCUGCGGCAGGAGAACGACAGCAUGCAGAAGGCUCUCAGUGCAUCCGAGUCAGGCUCCCUCGUGUCUCUGCAUCGCAGCAGCGCCGGCUCGCAGCUCGAGCAGCAGUUCUCGCUGUCUGACAUGGCGUCUCCUCACGGCAGCAUCGACAUGUUACUGAAUGAUACACCCGAUGUUCCUGAGGGCAGACGAAUUACAAUAUCGGUUUAUCUCGGUUACCAUAGCAACCGCAGCAAACAGCGACCGAGGGGUAAACAUGAUGAGACACUCAUUGGUGCUGUCUAUGUGAGUGGGAAGACAAAAUGGGACAUGCUAGACACCCUGGUUGGCAGAACAUACCGGGAAUACGUUGUGAGAGUGGAUCCGGUGUCGAACCUUGGGCUGAGUGCAGACAGUAUCGCCAGCUAUCACAUAGGAGAUCUGACGCGUUACCGUGACGCUGACGUACCUGAGCUGCUGCCGUGCGGAUACCUGGUCGGAGACGACAUGCAGAUUCGCAUAACGUUGAAAGGUAGUGAACAGUGCUGUGUGGACUCGCUGGCAUUCGAGACAAUGAUUCCUAAGUCACUGCUGCAGCGGUACAUGUCGUUACUGCUGGAGCACAGGCGCAUUAUCCUGUGUGGGCCUAGUGGAACGGGCAAGAGCUACCUGGCACAGCGGCUGGCUGAAUCACUUGUUCUCAGGUCGGGGAAGUCACUUACGGCUGGUUCCGUCGCGACGUUCAGUGUCGACCACAAGUCUAGUAAGGACCUUCGGCAAUACCUCAGCAACAUCGCCGAUCAGUGUGAGGGCGCCACCGCUGCAGACCUUCCCAGCGUCAUCAUCCUCGACAACCUGCACCAUGCGGGGGCGCUGAGCGACGUCUUUAACGGACUGCUCAACGUUAAGUACCACCAGUGUCCAUACAUCAUCGGUACGAUGAGCCAGACGAACUGUUCAACUACCAACCUGCAGCUUCAUCACAACUUCAGGUGGGUUCUUUGUGCGAACCACAUGGAACCCGUGAAGGGUUUCCUCGGUCGUUUCCUCCGCCGUCGCCUCGUGGAGACAAGCGUACGCACAGAGACCCACAAGGAAGGCAUGGCGACUGUGGUCGACUGGAUUCCACAGGUCUGGCUGCACCUGAACUCCUUCCUGGAAUCCCACAGCACCUCUGACAUCACGAUAGGGCCCCGACUAUUUCUGUCCUGUCCCAUGGACAUGGAAGGUUCCCAUGUUUGGUUCACCGAUUUGUGGAAUUAUUCCAUCGUUCCCUAUCUAACAGAGGCCAUCCGUGAAGCAGUUCAGGUCUACGGUGCUAAGGGCCCAUGGUCCGAUCCCAUGGAAUGGGUGGGAAAGACCUAUCCCUGGCCCAACACGAAUCAAGAGCCUGACUGGCCCUCUCUGCUCCGACUGCGGCAAGAAGACGUUGGUUAUGAAUGUCAUCACCAGGUGGCAGAGUCUGCUAAGCCUGCGCCAAGCAGCGACAUGAAUGACAAUGAGGGUGAUGUUGAUGCUGACCCUUUGUUAAACAUGCUGAUGAGGCUACAGGAGGCAGCUAAUUACUCAAGUCCUCAGAGCAAUGACAGUGAUUCCCUGAGUCUGGACAGCCAUGGCAGUGGCACUCACGACUCCGACAUCAUAACACUGGAAUCUUCCCUGUGAGGGAUGUAACAUCAUGAUGCUGCUUUCUGCCCUGUGGAGCAUACAGCAUCGUGAUUCUGGAAUCUUUCACAUGAACGUUUCAGCGCACGACUGAUCGCAGUCCUUCUCAAGACACAUACAGACAGCAUCAUAGUGCUGGAAUAUCGUUGAAGUCAUACAUCAUUGUACUGAUAUAAUGACCUGUGAAUCACACCACAACAUAUUACUGGAUUAUUACGAAUGAAGCAUACAUACAUGUCGUAGUGAUUUUCCUAAGAUUCAUACAAUGUCAUAAUGCUAGUGCCUUCCCUGUGAAGCAAGCAUAGAUCAUAUUAGCCCGUGACUAUACUAAUGGGAGAAAUCUGUUUUGGAAAACAAACCAUCUGAAUUGCAGCAUUUUUACCAUAUAAAACAUCCCUCUCCCACCAAAACAUACAAUAUCGUAAUCUUGGUAUUUUCUCUAGGCAGCAUAUGAGAUUAAAGCACUGACAUUUUCAAUGUAAAACUGUAGCUAUGGGCCAGAGCUCGCUUUGUAUUACUUAUCCCGUUUGUGAACACGUGCCAGAAGUUACCACUAGAUGUCACUGCAUUCGCAGUCUAUUUGUAAUGUGAUAUAUGUGAUAUAUUCAGGGCAUAUCUUUGUAAAUGCAACUGAUAUCUUUGUUAUGACGUGAUAGUUCAGGCACAGGCUUUUUAAUCUUGCACUAAUAAACCGUGGCUUCUUAUUUAAUUAUAUGCUGGUGCAAAUUUUAUUCAAAAUUCAAUGAAGUUAUUAGUGUUUCAGGGCAUCUAGUGAAUUCUAUGUGUAAACGAGAUCCAGAAAUCUCUGUGUUUUUUAUUAGGUAAUUGUGAAGUUAUGAUAUUUACAUCCCUACAAUCGCUGUGUAUUCGCAUUUACAUUCGCUCUUUUUUGUGUGAAAGGGGUCAGUCUGGUUAUUCAGUUUAAUACGUAUACAAUGGAAAGAAUCCACCCUUGACCCAAGGCUUUCCCAGUGGAAACUUGGGAUGUAACACUACCAAGCAUUGUUCCCCUUAUCGAUGUAAACAUUCAUCAAAAACGGGAGAGUUGAUAAUAGCAAUAAACGUGUAGUUAUUUACACAUCUAUAUCCAUGUGUUUUUCAUCCGGCCCUUCGAUCCGUUCUUCUGUCUAACUGAGCGUGUUCAAAUAAGAUUUGUAUUUUAAGAAAAAGGUUGUGAAUUUUAUCUGUUAGCCUAUUUUAUUUGACGUUGCAACUUCUUAAAUCUGUUUUACCUAACGGGGAGUCACAUUGUAAGCUUUUUAGUUCUCUUAUUCGAAUGGCUUUAGAUACCUUUGUUUUCUCUCUAUAUGAUGUUGCAGGUUGGUACCUUGAUUUCUUUCUGAUAAACAUGAUACCAAACAUUACUGUUAUAUAGCUAUAUAGAACUAUAUACAGUAUGUACAGUAUAUAGUUUAUACUAUAUACUGUAUAUAGCAGUAAUAUACUCGUAAUGUAUUUUUGAUGAUUGCAUUUAUAAGAAACGUUGUUAUUGUAGUUAGCGCUGAGCUGAGGUCUCAUGUGUACAGCCUCAUUUUUACACAGCUUCGUUUGUUAUGUAUCUGUAUGGAAACCACACGUUUAUGGACUUACAGAGAUUCACGUGGUGGAUGAGUUGAAAGGUUAACAUUAUUGAAGUAUAUUUCCUGUUUGUAAAUUGGAAUAAUGGUUUUUUCACAGUGCCCGCAUGGAUCAGUAAGUCAUGUUACUGGGUAAUUAUAUAUUUCUGAUAUUAAUAUAGAUGUGAAAACCUAGGUCAGUGUCCUAUACUUCUGAGCUGUAAUUUCUACUAGUGAUUAUUUCAGAAUUAUCAGUGAAGUAUUCUUUUGCCGGAUAGUUCACGUAUUGUGUGUGACCGCCUGCAGAUACCACUGUUUCUCACGAAGGGCUUAUCAUAGCCUGGAUUCGAUGCAGCUAGGGCAUUCAUAUGUUAUGUUCAAGAAGAUACGUUUGAACUGCCAUCUAAACAUGUGGAUACGAUUAAUUCAGAAGGUUCGACGCAGUGAACAUUUUAGUGUGUAUGCUCUCUUCUCUCUCUCUCUCUCUCUCUCUCUCUCUCUCUUUCUCUCUCUCUCUCUGUCUCUCUCUCUCUUUCUCUCUCUCUCUCUCCCUGUGUCUCCCUCUCUCUUACAUAGUAAGUGAAUCAUUUGUGCCUUCUUGCUGUGAGGUUUGUGCGCCUCUCGGUAACGAACUUGUAAAGACAGCGGUAUGUAAUUCGCUGCGUGUAGCUUUGUAUUUUAUACCAGCAGGGUUUGUAAAUAGCUAGACGUUUGCACAAUAUCGGCCCCUGUAUGUAAAUGAUAACUUCGAUGUAAAUACCAGAAUAAACUACAUGCUUUGGUAGAUACA